CAGUCGAUGAGGUCAUAUCUCUUGCACGUGACCUUGCUCACUAUCUUAUCUUUUCGGAAUACGGAGAUCGUAAUACGAAUGCUGAUCGUAUUGUCACUUCGAGAAGUAAUGUCAUCGUCUGCUCCGAGUCACCGGUCGACAACACGUGAGGAGGACCGGGCAUACUCCUUGUUAGCGUUGCUUGGAGUGCACGUGCCAAUAUUUAUGUUGUAUGGAGAGAAUACAUUUCGACAUCUGCAGUUUGGAAAUCACGCGCACGUCCAAUGACCAGAACAUAUUUGCUUGGGGCUGGGAGUCAAGAUGGGCUGGCUGGUCCAACUGCUUUCUGGCGGACGAUCCAAGCUACUUCCAGGAUUGCUUUCGUGUCGUCACG